UCCUCCUCCUCCGACUGACUCCGCCGGAUCAUCAGGUGGCUGCUCAUCCAUUGUGCUCGCAGCCGGGGGAUCGGGUUUCAGCACCGCGGUCAGCUCCCAGAGCCCUGCCUCCUCCUCCCGCAGGCCGGCGGCGGAGCCUCGGCGCAUCAUCGCUCGGUCCCUCUUCUUGUCGUCGCUCCCUCCCCCCCCUGCGACCCCUCCCCCCCCCCCUCAGAUGUGCGCCCGUGUUAAAUCCCUCCCGUGCGCUCCCGGCUGGCGGAGUUGAAAGAUCUGGAAAUCACGCCAAGCCAACCCGACAGCAACACAUCGAUUCUUCCUGUGGGGACCGACUCGUCUGCUGGCAGUUCUUUUUUUUGUCUUUCUUUCUUUCCUUGAGAAGCAACAGUGCGCGCCGCGCAUCGGUCCGGCUGCGCGUCUCCACAGCGGCUCCAGCUGGGUCCCCUCCCUCUGCGCUCCGAAGCGUCUUUUAUUCCACUUUUGCAGUUUGACUUUUUGCCCCAGGCAGGGCCCUAUACACGGCCUCCAGCUCCACAGCGUCAGGAGCAUGUUGGACCCGUCUUCCAGCGAGGAGGAAGGGGACGAGGUGCCGGAGGUGGAGCAGAAAGAGGUGGCGGCCCCGAGGAGCGUCGCGGGCGCGCGACUGUCGCCGGGGCGAGCCGCAGACGGCCCCGGCGGCGCGGGGCUCCAGCCCCGGGGCGGCGGCGGCGGCGGCGGCCGGCCCUCCAGCCCCAGCCCGUCGGUGGGCAGCGACAAGGAGAAGGAGGACCUGGAGAAGAUGCAGCGGGAGGAGGAGGAGAGGAAGAGGAGACUCCAGCUGUACGUGUUCGUGAUGCGCUGUAUCGCGUAUCCGUUCAACGCCAAGCAGCCCACCGACAUGGCGAGGAGGCAGCAGAAGAUCAGUAAGCAGCACUUGCAGACAGUCAAAGAGCGAUUCCAGGCAUUCCUCAAUGGAGAAACUCAGAUCGUGGCUGAUGAGGCCUUCAUCAAUGCUGUCCAGAGCUACUACGAUGUUUUCCUAAAGAGUGACCGCGUCUCCCGGAUGGUGCAGAGCGGUGGCUGCUCGGCCAGCGACUCCAGGGAGGUUUUCAAGAAGCACAUCGAGAAGCGGGUGCGCAGCCUGCCCGAGAUCGACGGUCUGAGCAAAGAGACCGUGUUGAGCUCCUGGAUUGCCAAGUUUGACACCAUCUACCGCGGUGAAGAGGACCCCAGGAAGCACCAGCAGAGGAUGACCGCCAGCGCUGCCUCCGAGCUCAUCCUCAGCAAAGACCAGCUCUACGAGAUGUUCCAGCAGAUCCUGGGCAUCAAGAAGUUCGAGCACCAACUCCUUUAUAACGCAUGCCAGCUGGACAACCCUGAUGAGCAGGCAGCACAGAUCAGAAGAGAACUGGACGGACGACUGCAAAUGGCCGAGCAGAUCACUCGGUAUGGUGGAAGGUUUCCAAAGUUUCCCUCCAGGGAGAUGGAGGCCAUGUACAUCGAGGAGCUGCGCUCCUCUGUCAACCUGCUGAUGGCCAACCUGGAGAGCAUGCCUGUGUCCAAGGGAGGAGAGUUUAAGCUGCAGAAGCUGAAACGAGGCCACAACACAUCCAUCAUGGACAUGGGCCAAGAGGACGAGAACACGCUGUCCAAGUCUGACGUGGUGCUGUCCUUCACCCUGGAGGUGGUGAUCAUGGAGGUUCAGGGGCUGAAGUCGUUGGCUCCCAACAGGAUUGUAUACUGCACCAUGGAGGUGGAGGGAGGACACAAACUGCAAACGGACCAGGCCGAGGCCUCAAAGCCCACCUGGGGUACCCAGGGUGACUUCACCACCACCCAACCGUUACCUGCUGUCAAAGUCAAGCUGUUCACCGAGAGCACCGGAGUGUUGGCUCUGGAGGAUAAGGAGCUGGGGAGGGUCGUGCUCCACCCGACUCCCAACAGCCCCAAGCAGUCUGAGCUCCACAAGAUGACGGUGUCUAAAGGGUGUCCGGACAGCGAGCUCAAGAUCAAACUGGCUAUUCGCAUGGACAAACCGCAGAACAUGAAGCAUUGUGGGUACCUUUGGACCAUCGGCAAAAACGUGUGGAAAAGAUGGAAGAAGCGAUUCUUCGUCCUGGUUCAGGUGAGUCAGUACACCUUUGCCAUGUGCAGCUACAGAGAGAAGAAGGCCGAGCCUGUGGAGCUUCUGCAGCUGGACGGCUACACGGUGGACUACACAGACCCCCAGCCAGGGCUGGACGGCGGUCGGACGUUCUUCAACGCUGUGAAAGAGGGGGACACCGUCAUCUUUGCCAGUGACGACGAGCAGGACCGGAUUCUGUGGGUGCAGGCCAUGUACCGGGCCACGGGGCAGUCACACAAGCCGGUUCCUCCCACCCAGGUCCAGAAACUCAACUCGAGGGGGGGCACGGCGCCACAGCUCGAUGCGCCCAUAUCUCAGUUCUAUGCUGACCGAGCCCAGAAGCACGGCAUGGACGAGUUCAUUUCGGCCAACCCCUGCAACUUUGACCACGCCUCGCUCUUUGAGCUGGUGCAGCGCCUCACCCUGGACCACCGACUCAACGACUCCUACUCCUGCCUGGGCUGGUUCAGUCCCGGCCAGGUGUUUGUCCUGGACGAGUACUGCGCCCGCUACGGCGUCCGAGGCUGCCACCGGCAUUUGUGUUACCUGAGCGAUCUCCUGGAGAGGGCGGAGAACGGCGCAAUGAUCGACCCCACCCUGCUGCACUACAGCUUCGCCUUCUGUGCCUCGCACGUGCACGGAAACAGGCCCGACGGUAUCGGAACAGUGACCUUGGAAGAGAAGGAGCGCUUCGAGGAGAUCAAGGAGAGGCUACGAGUGCUUCUGGAAAACCAGAUCACACACUUCCGGUACUGCUUUCCAUUCGGACGUCCGGAGGGAGCGCUGAAAGCGACUCUGUCCCUGCUCGAAAGGGUCCUGAUGAAAGAUAUCGUAACGCCGGUCCCCCAAGAAGAAGUAAAAGCCGUGAUCCACAAGUGUCUGGAGCAGGCAGCUCUGGUCAACUACCAGCGCCUCUCGGAGUACGCCAAACUGGAAGGGAAAAAGAGAGAGAUGUAUGAGCAUCCUGUCUUCUGCUUGGCGUCUCAAGUGAUGGAUUUAACCAUUCAGAACGUGGGGCGCUUAGCCACUCCGGCCAAAAAGCUGGAGGACACCAUUCGCCUGGCCGAGCUGGUGAUUGAGGUCCUUCAGCAGAACGAGGAGCACCACGCUGAGGGAAAAGAGGCCUUUGCCUGGUGGUCAGAUCUGAUGGUGGAGCACGCCGAGACCUUCCUGUGCCUCUACUCGGCCGACAUGGACGCGGCUCUGGAAGUUCAGCCGCCCGACAGCUGGGACAGUUUCCCCCUCUUCCAACUGCUCAACGACUUCCUGAGGAUAGACUACAACCUGUGCAACGGGAAGUUCCACAAACACCUGCAGGACCUGUACGCGCCCCUGGUGGUGCGCUACGUGGACCUGAUGGAGUCCUCCAUCGCCCAGUCCAUCCACAGAGGCUUCGAGCGGGAAUCCUGGGAGCCUGUAAAAAGCGUAACAAGCACUCUGCCCAAUGUCAGCGUCCAAAUGGCCAAAGUACCAAACCUAGCAGUGCCGAGCGUUAACCUCGCACAGAUCCCCAGCUUUUCUCCACCCAACUGGAUGGCGGCUAGUCAUGACUCCGAGUCGGAUAACGGUUCGGGGACGUCUGAGGAUCUCUUCUGGAAGCUGGAUGCUCUGCAGACCUUCAUCAGGGAUCUCCACUGGCCGGAGGAGGAGUUCGGUAAACACCUGGAGACCCGACUGAAGCUGAUGUCCAGUGACAUGAUCGAGUCCUGUGUGAAACGGACGCGGGCUGCGUUCGAGGCCAAGCUUCAGAGGAGCAGCCGGGCCACAGACUUCCGCGUGCCACAGUCCAUCUGCACCAUGUUCAACGUCAUGGUGGAUGCCAAGGCCCAGUCAGCCAAGCUGUGCACCAUGGACCUGGGGCAGGAGAGACAAUACCAUUCCCAGAUUGACAAUCUUAUCGAGGAGACGGUGAAGGAGAUGAUAACUCUGCUGGUAGCUAAGUUUGUGGUCAUUCUUGAGAGCGUGUUGGCCAAGCUCUCCAGAUAUGACGAGGGAACACUCUUCUCCUCCUUCCUAUCUUUCACAGUGAAAGCUGCUUCAAAGUAUGUCGAUGUACCUAAGCCGGGGAUGGAUGUGGCUGACGGUUAUGUAACGUUCGUCCGUCAUUCCCAGGACAUGCUGCGGGAGAAGGUCAAUGAGGAGGUGUACAUCGAGAGAUUAUUUGAUCAAUGGUACACCAGCACUAUGAACCUCGUGGGAACAUGGCUGACCGAUCGCAUGGACCUUCAGCUCCAUGUUUAUCAGCUGAAGAUCCUCAUCAGAGUUGUCAAGAAAAAGUACCGUGACUUCCGCCUUCAAGGGGUGCUGGACUCCACAUUAAACAGCAAGAUGUAUGAAACCGUGAGGAACCGGCUGACGCUGGAAGAGGCCACUGCUUCAGUGAGGGAAGGGGGGAUGCAAGGCAUCUCCAUGAAGGACAGCGAUGAAGAGGACGAUAACUAGAUCCCAGGGCCCCGAAAACUGGGAUAUUGUUUUUCAGAGGGUGUGGGGUCAGAAACCUUUCCAUGAAGUCAACAAAAGUUGACCAUAACAUCCAACUUGGUCCCUCCAUGAUUCGCUUUAUCGGUUGUUUUUAUCCCUGUAAUAGUCGGGAUGUUUUUCUGUUCAAAUUAAGGCCAGAAUAAAAUGCAGUUUGCAUCUAUAAACACUUGGAAGAGCUAAAUGUGCCCUAUGAGUUCUCAUCAAACAUUAAAACUAAAAGUCAUAACCGCCAAGAACUUUAAAAUAGUAUCUGAAAAUCAAUCAAACACUGAUUCAUUUCUAGUGAAAGGUGAGCAAAUAAAUUCCGAGCAUCCAAAAGAGGCGGAAACAUGCCAGUUGUGUUUGGGACCAGGAAUACUUACCAUGCGUAGUGGCUACAAAUACAGGUGGUUGCAUCUACAGAAUAUGGAAUCCUUUGAAAGCAUGAAAAAUGUAAUGUUUUACAUUUCAUGUUGUGCGCGCCAAAAUGUCUAUGGUCUUUGUACGGGAGCUGUGCUGUUUGUCAUCACUGAGAUUUCUCUUUCACAUUCUCAAAGUACAGGCCACUGUACUGGUGGUUCCCAGUGACGUUGUGAAACUGAUGAAAGUUUUUUAGUAUUUUUCCGUAAGCCUGUCACCAAAUGCAUGAUCAACGUAUUAAUGUUGGAGUCAAACUGUGAUUGAUCAAAACAUAGACACUGCCCCCCCCCCCC